AGCGUGAGUCCAACGUUGUCGACAGCUACUGAAAAACAGCACCACACGAAUAUGGAUUCUUCUAAUAAUGAAAACAAACCUGCAGAUUUGUAUGAGAAUACACAUACAAGAACCACUAAUGUGGAUGGUUCAGAAGCAACCUCUACAAGAACCACUAAUGUGGAUGGUUCAGAACCAACUUCUACUAAGAAACAGCAAAUUAAAAUGUACUCUGUGCACCCAGGAAUGGUACAGAGUAUAACUAAUUUUGAAAAUAAUAGAGUGUUAUACAAUGCAUUCCGGAAAUAUAAACUUUCUAGUCAAAAACGACAGAGGAGAUCAAUAUCAAUUCCUUCUUUCUUACAAAAACCAAUAAAAGUUUACAAUAAUGCGUAUGGAACAGGUAAACGUAAUCAGAAUUCUAUUCAUAUCAAAGGAACGAAUAAAGUUAGAAAGAUCUUUUUUGAAGUUCCAAACAAUAUUCAUAGUAAGAUUGAAACACCUACCGAAUCAUACAAUGACUCAAAAGUUUUAAAGACUCAACCAGAAAUCGAGGUGUUAUUGAAUUAUGCAUUAGAGAACACGAAAAAUCCUGUUUAUCAGAGUGACAAGAAAAGUGAAUCAUUGGGAGUUGUUAUUCAUCAAUAUACGACAGAGAAACCUACACUACAAAAACGCAAGAAAAGUCGGCACACAAAAAGACAUAUAAAAGACCGUCUAUUUCGAAGGAUAAGUAAAUCUUUGUCAAAUGGGCUGCCUAUAUAUUCGAAAGCCAAUAAAGAAAGUAUUCUGGAGAAAAAACCUACAGAAUUUUUUCCGGGAAAUGAGUUAAGUCAUGGUAGUGGGAUUCGAAUUAAUCUGGGUAAUAUUCAACAAACUCUACAGGAAAACUCUGAAAUGAUUCGUUCAAAAGAUGUAUUAAAAGUGAACAAGAACAAAUUUGAUUUAUCUCCAUCAAAAACAUUUAUGUCUAUUGACCAUAAUCCUGUUUCCAAGACUAAAAUCAGACCGAAGAAUAUCUUUUAUGAUACAAAAUUUGAAUUACCAAAAUCAUCCAAUCCUGCUGAUAUAAAAGAAAAAGAUAACAUUCCGAAACAAAAUAAUCAGUGGUAUGAAAUGCCUCAAUCGAAUUUAAAGCCGAUAUUCAAAACUCAUCAACAUGAUAAGAACAAGGAUAAUAAUGAUAAUAAUAACAAUUUACUUCCAGUUGAUACUGCCAUGCCUUUAAAUAGACGAAAGAUGCCAACAUACAAAUUUCCAUUUAAACAUUCCAAUCAGAUGAACGAUAAGCCUACCAAAACAGAAGAAAUAAAACCUACUAAAAUAUUAUCAUAUCAUAGCAGUGAUACAUCAAGCAGUGGUCUCUCUUCAAAGCCGGGAAAAUCAUUCGUGUAUAACCCGCAACAGCAUCACGACAGCAUCACUGAUAGGACGAAGUUUAUAUCUGGAUUAUCAGAGUUUAACGAUAUCGCGGUGGAAAAUGAUUUUCCCAAUUUUAAUAAAGAAAAGCCUUCUGAAUCAAAUCUUAAUGCACACACUGAUAAUAUGCCUAGUGUGAAUGAUAUAGGGACUGAUCAGAUUGAAAAAAGUCGUUUAGAUCCUAAUCGUCCUAACGUCAUUAACUUGUCAAAUAUUAAAAUAGUGCCAGGGGGUUGUAUAAUCGAAGGCAGGUUCUAUCGUUAUGAAGAUCUUCCAAAGUUUAUUCAGGAAUUUUAUGAUAACAAGACAAAAAACGAACAUCUCGAACUGUCGCUCGGUGAUGUUGAAAACGUUUUAAACGAUUACACGGAAAACAAAGGUUCUAUUUCUCAAAGUUUCUCAACUGAAUUCCCAAUGUUAGAGCUGAUCAAAGGGAAAGAUGCCAGUCCUUUUUCUAUACAACUCCCAGAAGAUUCUCAAGGAUAUGACAUAUUAGCGGGUCCACACCUCCACGAAAGUUCACGUCAGUUGGCUGUUUUACAAGCAAAUAAUUUCGCAGCAGGCAAUGAACGUUUCGGCACGCCAAGAACAAUGGUAUCAAGGCCUGAUAUACACAAUAGACAAACAAAAAUAAAGGGAAAGGAAAACAACCGCCAAUUAUUCAAUCCAGUUCUAAAAUGGAGUGAAGGUGUUUCGGAUAAAGCUUGGACAGGAUUAGCCCCAGUCGCUAAUUACCAAGUUGCUUCGGAUAUUAGAGUUGUAAAUUCUUUAUCACCAGGCCAUUUUGGUGCUCAAAACAAAAACACCAACGAUUACAGGACUUAUAAACUGAACGGUAACAGCUUUGGGUCGUACAACAAUGAAAUGAAGGAAGUAAUAAGCCUACCAGGAAUGGGAAUAAAAGACCAGAAGGUUUUAACUAAGUUUUUCAAUCCAAUUCACAUCAGCAGUAAACAAACCGUUUCUCUUGUGCAGAGAAAAAAUAGUGAAUCACCACCUUCUACAAAGAGACCUAAUGAAGGAAGUAAACUGUAUUUAAAUGACGUAAAUACUGAAAAGAGUCAUCAAAAUAAAUUUUUAAAAGGUGCUUCGGGUGAUAUUAUUUUGAGGGGCUUUCUUGAUAUACCCCUGAAUAGUAUGUCAGGUAAACUAACAUUGAGUAAAGCUUUAAAGAAAACAGCAAACCAAAAAACACAGUCAAACGGUGUUGCCAAAAAAUUGGGUUUAGUACGAAAACAAGCUAAGCAAGAUGCAAAUUCAAAUGGUAAAGCAGAUAAACUGGUUUUUAAAAACCCCGUACAAGAUGAGGCUUAUCACGAUGCAUAUGCAAACAAUGAUGCAGAUAAACUGGAUUUAAAGAGCCCAGUACAAGAUAAGGCUAUUCAUGACCUACAUUCAAACGGUGUCGCAAAUAUACUGGGUCACAACAGCUUAUUACGAGAAAAGGCUAAUAGAAAUAUACAAUCAAACGGUGUCGCAGAUAAACUGAGUUUAAUGAGUAAAGUAAAAGAUAAGGCUAAUCAAGAUGCACAGUUAAACGGUGUCGCCUAUAAACUGGGUUCAAAGAGCCCAGUACAAGAUAAGGCUACUCUGGAUGUACGUUCAAAUGGUGUCGCAGAUAAACUGAGUUUAAAGAGCGAAGUACAAGAUAAGGCAAAUCAGGAUGCGCAGUCAAACGGUGUAGCAAAUAAACUAGGUUUCAGCAGCUCAGUACGAGGAAAGGCUAAUAAAGAUGCACAAUAUAACGGUGUUGCAAAACUUGGUUUGAAAAACGUAGUAAAAUUACCGGCUAAGCAUGUUCCAAGUGAACGGGUUUUACAUAGCGCAAUUCAAGAAAAAACUAAUUACAAAGAUCAAUCCAACGGUAAGACAGAUAAAUUAAAUUCAAAUAAAGGAAUACAAGAAAAUGUUCACCGAGAUACUACCAUAGUUGACACGGUUAGUAGUGUCAGUACAAGACCAAAAGACAAAUAUCCCCAUGAUACGCGUAUGAAUAGCUUAGAAGAAAAACUAAAAAAACAUACAGGAAUACAUGGCACAAGUCACAAUGAUAUGUGGUUAAAUGGAUUAGACGGAAAACCAAGUUCAAGUUUAAAUACUGGAAUUCAAAACAAAAAUCCCAAUGAUGUAAAGUUGAAUGGUGUUGCAACGAAGAAACGUUUGAAUAGCAGAAAACAAGACAAAACAACUCGACAUGACAAGCAGUUAAAUAGGGUUGUGUCUGUAAAUACGAAAAUACCAGAGAAAAGUGUUCUUCAGGAUAUAACACUUAAACAAAAAGAUAAAGUCUUGUUAUUAUUGAAGGACAAUAAGCGCAAUUUAGACCACUUGAACAACAACGCAUUUACAAAUCUCAAAAGUAUAUUAAAGGCUACUUCCAGCGCACAAAAAUCUGUCGCAUCACACGUGCGUAGUGUAAAGAAGGAACUUGGACCUCGCACAUUUUUUGACAUAAUUGAAAAUAACAUUAUCAGCCCUUUUAAAUCAGUACCAAAAGUUACUCAUCUGAAAGAUAAUUUUGCUUCUAACUUCAAUUUAGGGGAAAUAUUGAAAAAUGGCAUGUCUGCCUUUAAUUAUGAACCUGUUACGUUUCCAAAUUUCAUAGCGCCUCCGAAACGAAAUUUAAUAAUAACACCUACAGCCAGUAUCCCAUUACAUUUAUCAGGACAACACAAUCUGGACACUAUUAUGCACGAAAUUGUGACAUCACCUUUUGGGACGAGACAAAAUUCAAUAAUGGACAUUUUCGGCUAAUGUUAUCUCAAAUCAGAAAAAAAAAAAUCACCUUUGGUGAUUACAUAUUAGAUGGCUGCUUCAGGGGUAUAUAAUGGAAGUUACUUUUCCUAAAAUGAGCUUUAUUGCUCUACGCUUACUCUCCGAAAUAAAGGACGCGUGUAAUAUAUGAAUUAUUUCAAUUACGAGAAAGAUCUGUUUAUGGGGUCAGAAUUAUUUAGAUAAAACAGAAUAUUAGACUUGAAAGUAUGAAAACGCUAUUUUAGUGACAGAAUUUCUCAUUCAAAAACAAUAAAUUUUAUUGUACGGUUAGUUACAACAUACUGUGUUUCAAAAUCCGUCUUAUUUAUUUUAGCAAACAAAAUAAAUUAUCUUAGCCAAAAUGAAAGGUGUCGCUUUUUCGACUUUUUAUAGACAAGCAUCUGCUUGUCCUAUUGUUGCUGCUUUUUCUGCAGAUUAUAUCAGUCUGAUAAUUUUUUUAUUCGACAAAUGACUCUUCACUUUAUACUCGCACAAUUAUAAAAUGUCGAAUUGUAAUUAUUUUUAAUAAAAUAUCAUUUAUAUUCUACGUAAUUGAAUACACCUGGGACUAUUAUACUAGUAUAAUAGUCCCAGAAUAGACAUAUAAAUAUGUGUUUUCUCAAUAUAUUUAUUCUACGUAGUUGAAUAGCAAUAAUAUGUAGUAACAGGUCCGACUUAGAGUAUCCUUUUCACCUAUUUUUUUGUAAGUUAGUUUGACAUAUGCACAUAAUAGAAAAAUCCAAUCCAUUUACCAAUUUCCUUGUAAAUUACAUCUGUCAAACAAACAGAAAAUAUCAGUUAACACCCGGAAAAUGUUUCACACUGUAAAACAUGAUAAUUUUCUUGGUUUUUUUUUCGAGACUGCAAACGAUUAUAAACUUGGCCUUUUCAAUAUCAGUAAGAGGGUUACGCACUGUUUGUUCAUUAUUACGUAAUUGUAAACUGUUUAUUUUUCAUAUUUGUCACUUGAUUACUAGAUGUGACAUUCAUAAUAACAAAUGUACAUGUAUUAUUACAAAUGUUUUAUUUUCAUAGAUAGUUAUAAGCAUCAAUCAUGUUAUGCGUUCUUCAUAUUUUAUGCAAAGCUUUCUUUUGACGCUGCCAUUUUUUUGUUUGUUACUUUUUUAUAUGAAAAAAUAAAGAAUAAGGUAGAUUUUCGUAAAGCAAAUUCUUCCAUGAAAUUCUAUGAAAUGUCAAAAUUUUCGAAGAAAUGGCGAUUUAUAUAGGGUGAUGUUCUUUAUCCUAAAUGCUAGUAGAAGAUCAUCAAACAAUAAUUGAAGCGAGUAAAGUCUUCUUCAAAUAGAUUCUUGCAUUUUUACUAUGUAUGGAAAGAAAUGCGAAUGAAUGAUACUUUAUACAUACUUUAUUCAUCAGCAGGAUCUUGGAAGUAAUAGACCCAAGCAUCUUAAAGGACAACAAAAUGUGACGUUAAAGAUUUAUUAUCAAACAGUUUCUGUAGUCGGAUUGAUAAAAAUGAAAUGAUUUCCGACAAACAAAAAUGUCGAAUAAACGAAUCAAUUAAACUUAAAUUAAUUGCGAAAAAAAUGGAAGAUAUAUAACCGGUUCAUAACUUGAAAUCAGUUUUGGUAGAUGCAAUAAGUAUAAGUCGGGGUUUUCGAUCGUGUGGAUUGAACAAAUAGUUAUGCAAAAUGUUGUUGUCCUUGAGAUUUUCAAGACAUUUUGACAAGGUUUCAGAUUUUCAAGUGUUUUCCCCUGGAUUGUCACAACGAAAAAUGUAAUUACUAAUAACAUAGGUACGUACACUGGUAAGGGGGUGGUGGAAUAUAUCAUGCUUUAGUACUGACUGCUACAUUUGGUCAACAAUCAUCGAACAGUGACUUUUUUUAUUAUAUUAAACAGGUUCUACAUAAAUGAAAUCAAUACUUUUACUUAAUAUGUAGUCGAUUUGCUAUGCAUAUUAUGAGAUCCUUAAGUUUCUGCUUAAACAACUGAUGUUUUUGGACCAAUAUAGGUUCUGUAUACUUUAAAAUAUUGGAUUAUUAUGAUAUGCAUAUGCAUUUCCUUUCACCUGCUCAAUCUUUAGUUUUAUGUUAAAUAUUGUGUGGACUGUCUUUUCGCCGAUUUUCUUUUGGAUUGGUAUAGUCUGUUUUUUUUCCGACUUCUGGUUUGUAUUGCCCCCUCUCUUUGAUAUGAUAUUCCUCUUUCUAUACCGACAUUAAAGUUCUUACCUUUUUACUGAUAAAAACAAAGAAGCUAUGGUAUAAUUGCCAAUGAGACAACUCUCCACCAGAGACCAAAUGACGUAGAAGUGAGCAACUAUAUGCACCGUAUGGCCUUCAACAAUGAUCAAAACCAAUAUCUCAUAGCAAGCUAUUAAAGGAUCCGAAAUGACCGCAUCUGUUUAUUUCGCAGAUGAAGAUAAAAACGGGGGUUUGAGCACUCAACAUACUAUUUGACACAUGUCUUAAGUCAGGAACCUCGUCUGUGGUUUACUUUACUUAUAUCUUGAUAAUUUUUUUUUUAAAGAUCAUUGGAAACCUUUGCAAGAACUAUUCAACUUGUUUAUCUCGGAUAGAGCGUUAAAUGUGUAUAGACAUGUGUGUACUGUUGAAGCAUUCGUCCAACCCUCUUUAAAAGAUAAUAAAGACAUAAAUGAGGACAAUUGUUUUAUCCUAGGAACACUAUUUCAGUGACCUCCAUAUAAAGGUUAAUCAUGUAUGUUAAUGAAUGUUCUAUCAAAUUAUAAGAUUAUUGUUAAAGGAACGUUAAUAAAACAAUGAUAUA